AUGGCCAGCCCUUCGGGUGCUUCAGGCCACUUCGCCUCGGAGGCUGCCAUAGACUACAGCGCUCUUGUGUCGAGCGGUUCUCCGAGCUCACAUUCGUUGCAUAGCGAUGACAGCCACCGCGAAAUCGACCAGAACGACCUAAACCCAUAUCACCACCAAGAUAACGCACGAGAUCCAAUAUGCCCUUGGCGGAAUCCUCGCUUCCAUCACCAAGAAUGCUCGCGAUACUUCGACUGCCCAUCCCACACCAUCGAGCGGAGUCUAUCAGAGAGUGGUUCAGGAGACCAAGAAUCCACCCACAGCUCGCAUUACUCUCGUACUGAUGUCGAGCGAGAUCAGUCUGGAGCACAAACUAUUCGCUUCUCAAACCAAAAGCUUGCACAAGUUGGGAUCACUGGGGAUAAUGUCCCAGCCCCAGACUCAAUCCCUGCAAACGUUGACAGAGAUGCUGCGUAUAUUACGAGCGAUCCUCCAUCCAACCAACCUGCUUCACCCCCCACGGCUACCCAGGAAUCGGGUCAGCCAUCGACAAAUACACCACAUACUUCACUAUCGACAUACCCCGUGAGCUACUCUCAUAAUACGCGGUCCGAGCAACCUGAAUCUCAGAGUGUUGCCACCAGCAAUUCGGAUCAGAGAGCGGGUUCCAGCCAACUCAUAACCGCAUCAAACUCACAAGGGGCUCAAGGAGUGCACACAACUCCAUCCCGAGAAAGAAUGGAUGCACCAUUACCAUCUCCAAGGCCCUUGGAAGAGGCACUUCCACCGCUUCCGCGCUCUGCUCGCCAGUCAAUAUCUUCAGAUCAGCAACGCCCAAGGUGGCAGCCGGAUAAUGAGGUCACAUAUUGCCCUAUCUGUCAUACACAGUUUAGUUUCUUCAUCCGCAAACAUCACUGCAGGAAAUGUGGAAGAGUUGUUUGCAACGCCUGUUCACCGCACAGGAUCAUCAUCCCUCACCAAUAUAUUGUACGGCAACCUGGCUCCGAGGCAGCCAUUCAUCAUUCACUGCUUGUUGACGGACUAGGAGCUGGGUAUUUUGAUGUGAACGACAUGUCGGGAGGUGAACGGGUACGGCUUUGCAAUCCUUGCGUACCAGAUCCGAAUACAGCGCCCCCACAAAGCCCGAGUCCACAAGUAACUCUUUCACCACGAACUUCUCACCAGAGGUCAAGAAGCAGUAUCGGUAAUGCCUAUGGAACACUGCAGCCGUCUAACCGACAUGGUGCGGUUUUCGCGCCCGGCACCGGUGGCGACCCGUACAGAUAUCUCUCUCUCAGGACGAGGAGCAUCACAAUGGGCUCGGCGUCAUCUGGCUCUUCUCCUGGUCCUACCUAUAGAAGACGUAGUGGAGCGUUACAGUCGCGUUUUGAUCGAGUCCAAGCAAGUGGCCAGGCUGCUUCAGCAUCUUCAUAUCCAGAUCGCUAUAGCUCACUAGGAGAAUCAUCAACCAGGCAGCGGGCACUUCCGCCUACGCCACAGAUUGCCGAGGAAGAUGAAUGUCCCGUUUGUCACCGCGAGCUGCCGUCACAGAGCUUGCCGAAUGCUGAGGAACUUCGUCAGUCACAUAUCACGAAGUGUAUCCAGACUCACAGCGCGUACGGAAUGUUAGGCGCUAGUGAGGAUGGCGGAGCACCAGCUGCACCCCGGUUAACAGGCAUGUAUUGUUAUUCCGCAACGGAGAAGGACUGCAUCGAUGAUGCAGAGUGCACCAUUUGUCUCGAAGAAUUCACUGUCGGUGAUCAAAUGGCACGUUUGGAGUGCCUGUGCAGAUUUCAUAAGCACUGCAUCUCGUCUUGGUUCCGUAAACAUCCCGGAAGAUGUCCAGUUCACCAGCAUGGCUUGGGUUAUUAA